AAGAUUAUCGGAAUGAAACAUGCUCCGCACCACUAGGAGGCAGUUAUGCAGCCAUCCUUUGUUUACCAACUAGUGCGCCAUCAAACAGAAGAAGGCGAAGGUUUGCCGCUUGCUAGCGUGUGGGUAACAAUACAAGUAUCUAAGCAAUUUUCUGAACUGUUGACUAUUUGAUUGUUUGGACGACUUGAAGUCACCUUAUCUUCUUUUGUUAGUUUUCCUUCGUUUGAUGAUCAUAUUCAGAACGCGGAAAAAGGUACAAAUGGACGACCUGAACGACGAGAACCUACAAAAGAAACCAGUGGUUGUUUUGACUCGACUCCCCGAGUUUACGCUCAAUGCGCUUCAACCGCCGACACCCCAGCAGUUCGACAGCGAAGCCGAGUCCCGCGGCAGCUCCGACUCCGACAUGCUGUGGGAACCCGGAGACGAUUCGGGAGACUCGGAUUUUGGAGCUAAAAAGAAAACCCAGCUCAAACACAACAAUUCUAAACACAAAAAGGCGAACGAAGUGACGGUGCCUUCACCGUUAGUGAGCAUCAACAACAACAGCACCAGCAACAGCAGCGUCUGCAAUAACGACAGCAACACCACCAUCAAAGCCGCAUUAGUAUCACCCGUCAUAGUGUCUGCAGCUUUUGCCAGCCACUCCAACGAGACGAGAAACGUGCGGCCUGAUUUGCCAGAGGCAGAGAUUACGUUGGACAUGGUAGUCCUGGCCAGGAGGAGAGUCACGAGGUGGCAACGGGGCAAGAUAGUCGAGAUCAUCAAAAAAGACGAUGGAAGAGUGAAAUACAAAAUAAUUUUUGACGAAAAGGGGAAGAGCUUGGUGUCCGGACAUCACAUUGCGAAAGAAACCACUCCAAAGCUGGACCAACUGUACGUCGGAGCCCGAGUUUUAAUUCAGUCUCCAGAGGAUGAGCAGUGCUUCCUGCCUGGACUUUUGUCUGAGCUCCCCAGCAGAAAGAAUCGCUUAAGGUUUCUGGUGUUUUUGGAUGAUCACACACCAGUUUAUGUCAGCUUACCAUCACUUUAUCUCGUUUGCAGACAAAUGGAUGAUCCUUUAGGCGACCUUGCAGAGAGUCCACACAAGUGCUUCAUGACACAAUACUUGAGGAGUUGGCCGUAUCCACACCUAACCCACUACAAAGAGGGACAAAUCCUUAAAAUAGAACUGAAUGGAGUCUAUCAGAAGUGUCAAGUCGAGUUGGUUGAUUGCAGCUUGAUGAAGGUUGUUUUUGAGGAAAAUGGGGAGACGGACUGGAUCCACCGAGGCUCCCUACGACUGGAGCACAUGUCCAAGUUCUUGGAGUUGAAGCAAAAUCGAGGAUCCAAGGCAGACGAUUCUGACUCCAAAUGACCUAUAAAUUGUUGUUGGAGAAGGAAGACAUUAAAUGAAAACAUUCAUUUUGACCUGCAAAUACAUGAUUCUUUCUGGCCGUUGACUUAUAUUUUGGUUCCUGACAGAACAGAUGUAAGGUUGAAGCAUGUAAACUCAAAUUGGUAGUUAUUUCUUUGGUUUUUCUUUUGGUUUCUGUUGGAAAGUGUAGAUACGUUUAUUCUCUAUUUGUUGCAUCUCUCCUUUUUAAAUAUAUUUCCAAAUCUUUGUGCAUAGAAACCCUGCUAAUGGUAACCUGUUUAAACAAGGAAAAAAAUAAUAAUAAUGUAGCCCUUUGCUGCCUGAUAAAUAUGACAAAAAAUAUUAUACAGAACAACUUAUGUUUGAUUUGAACACAAUACUUCAAGCUUAAUUUUACUCCUAUUUUGAUCCUGGAACUGUUUUUACUUGAUGCCCCCGUACAAGUAAAGCAUUUGUGUGUAUUAAAAACGUCCUUUUCUUUUAUCAGUUUUUUAUUUGACGCGAUUUUCACAAUUUGGUGUAUUUAAGCGGACAUCACUUCUUAGGCAGUAGUGAAGGUAUUUUAUUCUGUUAUUCUCACCCCUUUUUUUUGCCCUAGAAAUAUUAGUGACAUUUAAAGAUAAAAAAAAUUGCAAACUUUUGUCUCAUUUCUGUAUAAAACUUGGCUAAUGAUGUCAAUUCUGCCAUGGACACUAUUGUUUAAAAAAGGAACAAAAUAAUAAAGCUUUACCAUAUGUAUUUAGUUUGACCUUUGUAAUUAGCUUUACAUGUAAUCUAGUUCAACAUUGAGAUUUAGUUGUGAAAUUGACAGUUAACGUGUUUUUUUUUUUCUUUUUUAGUUCUCAUUUGUUUAGCUUGAUCAUAACUGAGGGAAUGGUACACCAUGAAUAAGUUACAAUAAAGUAGUUUUGUCUGUGUA